CAGAGUUGCCAUGGAAACUGUUCUGGUCUUCCUUUUUUCCCUCCUAGUCUAUGUGGUGGCUUUGUCUGACUCUGCUGCCCACGAUGGAAAAGAGAAGGGAUUGGAACCAUUUGUAUAUGACUAUGAGAGUUUGAGGAUCGGAGGUUUGGCGUUUGCUGUGGUGCUGUUUGCUCUGGGAGUGCUCCUUAUUCUCAGCCGCAGAUGCCACUGCAGUAUCAACCAGAAGCCCAGGGCUCCAGGAGGUGAAGAAGCUCAAGCAGAGAACCUCAUGGUCUCCAAGGCCAAGGAGACUCCUAAAGCAGAGAACUGAAGCAGUCCAGUUUUGUUAAACGCAUAGCCAUGGCUGAACGACUUCACUGAUGCUGCGGAUGCUGAUGAUGAUGAAGCUGAUUCCAGACCAUGGCUAUGAGAGGAAAGAGAGGAGACAGAGAUUUGUGUGGGGAGGCGAUGGGCCAGUGUCUUGUAUGUAGACCUCUAGUCCUGUUACGUGAACCGUAACCGUAUCCGUCUUUCCGUCUGUACCCUUUUGCAAUAGUCUUGAGUGAGUUGUUUUAGCAAAACUAGCCACUUUCUGCAGAUCAUCUUUCUGGCUCCUCCCCAACUGAACUUGUGUGUGUGGUUAAAAGGAACAGUUCACCCAAAAAGGAAUAUUCUCAUUUCGUUCCAAAU